UGGUCCUUUGAGGGCACAACUACAUAACAUGAGUUCCAUAGAUGGCGACUUCAACCAAAACUUCCAGGAUGCAAUUGAUGUUAUUCAACAGCAUUCAAAUAAUUCUUACUAUGAUUCAGAGUAUUCCUACCAUGAGAGACUGACCACAGUCCAACAGCCCUGGUACCUGGUCCCUCAUCCCUCUGAUGGCGUGGUCUCUGCUAAUGACUGGAGUGACACAACUCAGCAGUCGUGGACCCCAGCUCUUCCAGAUGUACCACUGAGCCAGUCUCUACCCCCAGAACCCCCCCAUUUCUACACAAUCCCACCACCACCACAGAACAGCAAAGGGCGGAAGAAGCUCAGAUUGUAUGAAUACCUCCACCAAGCUCUAAAUGACCCAAAUAUGUGCGACUCCAUCCAGUGGACAGACAGCGGCAGUGGCACUUUUCACUUUAUCUCAAAGAACAAGGAGAAAUUGGCAGAGUGCUGGGGACAGCGCAAAGGCAACCGUAAAACCAUGACAUAUCAAAAGAUGGCUCGAGCUCUCAGAAACUAUAGCCGGACCGGUGAGAUCAUCAAAGUGCGCCGCAAACUCACAUACCAGUUUAAUCCGGACAUCCUGCACCGCCUGGGCUCCUCACAGGUGAACAUGGCCCUGCCCCGUCAGCCUGCACAGGAGGAACACUGCCCACAGCAGCAGACCCACGGUGACCAGGGCUACACCAACUUCCCACCAAGCGAAUGCCACAGCUGGUAUGGACACUAUCUGCUGUCUGAAGACUACGACCUGUGCCCAAGCUACACCACGCACUCCUGCAUCAAGUCUUGAGCAAUGCUUGAGUUAGACCAGUGAUCUAUAAAGCCUAUCAAGUAAAGUUGAGAGACAUGUUUUCAGUAAUGAUAUCAUUGUCCAGAAUGUAACAUUUUCCAGUGAAAACACAUUGUAACACAUUGCCUACUUACAAAGGGAUGUUGUGAUAUUUCAAUAUUGCAUGUUCCUUUGAACAUGCAUUGUUCUGCGGCACAAUAACAAAAAAACAACUUGAAGAUCACCAUUACUAAACAAUUUUAAACAGUUUGUUAUGUAAAGAAAAGCAAACAGUUAGCCUCCACACUAUAUUGAUAAUGAUAAUCAUACUUAGAUGUAUAUAAUAAAAUCCUAUUAUUGGACAAGGAAAUUUUCACCUUCUGGCUGCUUCAAUGUAUAUUUUGUAUAAUAUUAUGCUAUUUUCUAAAAGCAAAUAAUGCCUAAUUUAUCCAUA